AUGGUUGACUUUGCCAUGGAUCUCACUCACUGGGGGAAUCACAGCCGGUUAGUCGCAUUCUGGGUGGCGCGUCUCCAGGUGGCAGACAGGGGGCUAAUCGCGGACCAAAAGCGACAUUGUGCCUCUCGAGAGACGCGGGUGGAUGCAGGGAAUGGACUCUUUGUUUCUGCUGAGCCAGGACUGAAUCAUGACAUCCCUGUUCUCCGCACGUCGAUCCGGGCAAAACUCUGCAAUGGAGUGACUGGGAGGUACAAGGAAGGCGGUUUGGGCUUGCCUCCAACAAAUAAGCUGCAUUCGUCCACUCUGAGAGGACAAAUGUGCUCCCACAAACACGUGUGA